AUGGAUGGGAGAAGGAGCGGCGGAGCAGGAAAGGCGAUAAUAGCGCUGCUGAUUGGGACGCUCGUCUAUUAUCACUGCGCCUACCGCAAUUCCACCCUUCUCUCUCUUCUCUCCGAUGUCUUCAUCGUCCUUCUCUGCUCCCUCGCCAUUCUCGGUCUUCUCUUCCGACAGAUGAACAUACAGGUUCCCGUCGACCCCCUCGAGUGGCAGAUAUCGGAGGACACUGCCAAUGCGAUUGUCGCUUGGUUAGCCAACACGGUGGGUGCCGCCGAGUCCGUCUUGAGGGUUGCCGCCACCGGCCAUGACAAGAGGCUUUUUCUCAAAGUCAUCCUUUCCCUCUAUCUCUUCUCUGCUCUUGGAAGAUUCGCUCUUGGUAUCACCGUUGCCUAUGCCGGGCUAUGCUUCUUUUGUCUUUACAUGCUCGCCAACUGCUCUGAAUCAUUUAGCUCUGCUGUACCCUGGUUCUUCGGAAGAACAAAUGACAUUAGCCAAGUGCAAGACACGAUCAUGUAA